AUGCUUUUCAACGUCUUCACCACCAUUGCCCUUGCUCUCCUCGCCGCCCCAGCUCUAGCCAAUCCCAUCGAUACUCUCCCCGCUGGGCUAGAGUCCCACCUCGAGAGUCGCGCAUCCGAUGUAGUAGCUAGAUUCUGGGACAGCACUACAUGCCGCAACUCGCUAGGAGACAGAAAACCUUUCAACAGUGGACAUUGCAUCAAAAGCCUGCGCGAGAAGGAACAUGCUGUUAGCAUGGCGGAGAGAAAGAAAAGCAGCUGCCACAGUGAGUUAUCCAGCCCUCAAAACACGAUGUCGAGGUCUGCUUACCAGCUCUCACCUUAG